AUGAAACGAAUUUUAUAUCUCCUUGUUGUUUUUCAUCUUAUAUUAGCUGCUGAAUCUGUUCGGCAUCGUCGACAAUACGUAGGAUAUGGUCCUGUACAGCAAUAUGCUUCACAACAUGGACUUUAUGGUCCAGGCGGUCAAGGAUGGAUGAAUAAUAAUUUAAAUAAUCGUUUUCCUAAUCAACCAGGCUACAAUUGGAAUAAUAAUUUUAAUUGGAAUCAAGGUCACCGACGUCCUGAAUGGUAUUACAAUGCAGCUAAUAUCAAACAAUCUUCUAUUGUCUGCCUUUUAUUUUGUACAUUAUAUAAUCUUAUUGUUUGA